AUGCAUAAGCUUAUAUUAUUAUGUUCUCUUGUAAUAUUUGCAAGUAGUUUGAGUGAGAGUGAAACACUGUUGUAAUCUCUACAAAACAGUGAAUUUGGAAAGACUAUAAUUCAAACAAUAUAGGUUCAAUUGGAAGGAAACAGCAGUGUUGAUAAAAUAAUUGAUCUCCUCACUUAAAUGAAGGAGAGAAUAAAUGGAGAAUAGGAUGUUGAGAGAUAGAAGUCAAGGGAUCACACACAAUUCUGUGAUGACAAAUACGAUGAGAUAUUAUUCGUUAUAGAUUCAUCCGAAUAUUAAUUAGCAAAAGAUUAACAAACAUUGCCAUUAUUCGUUUAAGAAUAAAAAAAUAAAUAGAGACAAUUAUUGGAUAAAUAAGAAAUAGAAGAUCGAAAUAAUUAGCGUAUUGCCGAUUUAACAGAGUAAAGAGAUUUAACAAGAUAAUAAUAUGAAGCAAGAAGAGAUGAAUUAACUACCAUGAUAGGUGCAUUGCAAGAAGGAAAAAGAAUAAUUAGUAAAUUAAGUACAAAGAAAUGGGAUCCUUUGGCUGGAACAUACUCAUUCCUUGAAUUUUCAUAAUUUAUGUUCAAUGAAUUGGAAGCACAUUAAAAGUCUUUAAAAAAACAAUCAAAUGGAAUUGGAUUGCUGUAUGAAUUGCUUUUGGAAACAUCACAAGACCCUGGAAUUCAGGCAAAUUAACAAGGAGUAGCAAAGAUAUAAGAGAUAAUUGAUGAGUUGAUUGAAAGCAUAUUCGAUCUUUUGAAGAAAGAAUUAUUGGAAGACAAUGCAAGAGAACAAGACUAUUAAAACUAAAAGGAAAGAAUAGUUAUUUAAAACAGAAGAUUAUAAGCUACUAUUGCAACAUUCAAAGCUCGAGUCUUAAUAAUCAAUCAAACCAUACUUGAAUUGAAUAAUGAUAUUAGAUUCAAUACUGAUAAAUCUACUCUUCUGAGAAAACAAAAGGAUGAUUGGGAACGAACUUGUGUUGAUUAUCACAAUGGAUAUGUUGAGGCUACUAAGAUUAGAACUUAAUAAAGUGACAUCUUAACAGAAGUAAUCCAAGUAUUUAAUAGAAACUACAACGAUUUCCCAAGUUUAAUUUAGAAUAUAACAGUCUGA